GCUCCACUGUCAACAGCUUCAUCCUACCGCCGUGCAAGUACAGCUUGAUAUUUCUUUUUUCAUUUCACCUACUUUAUUCUGUUUACCAUUUUCAUUUCCAUUCUAGUCUGAUAACUGUUUUAUCUCCUACCUACCCAUCUUGCAUCAGAUACCUGCAUAAGGGAUCAAGCAGAUACCAUGAACGGCGACAGUUAUUCUUCUCGAGACGGCCGUCAUGGUUCAUCUCGGGAUUAUCCUCCCCGCGAAGACCGCCGAGACCGAGGUGAUCGACGAGACCGACGACGGAGUAGAUCGCCUCGUCGGCCGCACCGUGAUGCUAGGGAUGAAGAUGCAUAUGCUUCUAGCCGAAGUCAUCGAGACCGUGAGCGCGAAGAUCGAUAUGGAGGUGGCCGAGAUCGUAGGGAUAGGGAAUGGGAUCGCGACCGUGGUUCGCGGAGAGAUACUCGUCGCGAGGACACCGGACGACCUCCUCGACGCGACCGCGACUUAUUCGAUGAUAGGCGCGGCGGUGGCGAUAGACGGGAUCGCGAAAGGAUGGACAGAAUGCGAGAUGAAGACCUUUUCGCUCAGAAUCGACGAGGGCGCAGUCCGACACCGCCCCCAAAGAAGCGAGAGCCUACACCAGACCUGACCGACGUUGUCCCCGUUUUAGAACGCAAGCGACGUAUGACACAAUGGGAUAUCAAGCCUCCCGGCUACGAGAAUGUCACUGCUGAACAAGCUAAGCUUUCAGGCAUGUUCCCUCUUCCUGGAGCGCCGAGGCAGCAGCCCAUGGACCCUACAAAGCUACAGGCUUUCAUGAGCCAGCCAGGCGGAACAGUGAACAGCGCGGCCUUGAAGCCGGGAAAUUCCCGACAGAGCAAGAGACUUAUUGUGUACAACAUUCCCCCGGGGUCGACGGAAGAGAGUCUUAUGGGUUUCUUCAAUCUUCAGUUAAAUGGCCUCAACGUGACUGAGAGUACCGAUCCCUGCGUCCUAUGUCAAAUAUCCAAGGAUCAGUCUUUCGCCCUCCUCGAAUUCAGACAUGCUUCCGAGGCUACAGUUGCUCUUGCCCUUGACGGUAUCUCUAUGGAUGCCGAGGAUGCCGCGGACGGCGCGGCCAAUGGGAGCGGGCAGGGCUUAAAAAUACAACGGCCGAAGGACUAUAUUGUGCCUGCUGUUGUCGAGGAGACCCCGUAUAAGCCUGGCGUCGUUUCUAAUGUUGUCAUCGAUACCCCAAACAAGAUCAGCAUUGCAAACUUGCCGCCUUAUCUUAGCGAAGAUCAGGUUAUGGAGCUUUUGACCUCAUUCGGCGAACUUAAGGCGUUAACCUUGGUUAAGGAUACAGGAACCGAAGAAUCUCGCGGUAUUGCAUUCUGUGAAUUUGUGGACCCCGCUGCUACGGAUAUUGCCAUCCAGGGCCUCAACGGCAUGCUUAUCGGCGACAAGAAUCUCAAAGUGAAGAAGGCUAGCGUUGGAAUUACCCAAGUAGCGGGUGUUGAGAUGGGCGUUAAUGCCAUGUCUAUGUUGGCAGGUACUACUGCUAGUGACUCGGAAGAGUCACGGGUGUUGCAGCUGCUCAACAUGGUGACACCAGAGGAGUUGAUGGACAACGAUGAUUACCAAGAAAUAUGCGAGGAUGUCCAAGAAGAAUGCUCCAAAUUUGGCCAAGUACUGGAUAUCAAAGUACCGCGACCCACAGGUGGUAGCAGACAAUCUGCGGGAGUUGGGAAAAUCUUUGUUAAAUAUGAUACGACUGAGUCAGCAAAGAACGCUCUUCGAGCCCUUGCGGGCCGGAAAUUCGCUGAUCGUACGGUGGUAACAACAUAUUUCCCGGAGG